AUGUCCUUAACAACAUCAACAAGAACAUCAACAAUCCUCGCUGCCCUCCUCUCCGCUUUCCUCCUUGCCCCCGCCUCGGUCUCUGCCCACGGCGUCGUCACCGAGGUUCGAAUCAACGGCCAGCCUUUCCGCGGUCCUGAGCCCAACCAGGGAUUCCGUGCACCCGGCAACAGCAUCGUCCGCCAAGUCCUCGACACCAGCCCCGUCCAAGGCGCCAACAACCCCGAUCUCGCAUGCGGCAGGAGUUCCACCCUCGCCAACCAAAUCGCCGAUGUCAACGCUGGAGAUGAAGUUCAAUUCGCCUGGAGCGCUGGUUGGCCCCACCGAGUUGGACCAAUUUUGACCUACAUGGCUUCCUGUGGUGAUGUUCCGUGCGACCAGUUUGACGCUUCAGGCGCUCGCUGGUUCAAGAUCGGCCAACAGGGGAAGAAACCCGACAGUGGUGAAUGGUUCCAGGCUGAUAUCGCCAAUGGAGCCCCCGGCCGCGCACAGAUCCCUCCCAACCUUGCACCCGGCAACUACAUCAUCCGCCACGAACUCAUCGCUCUGCACAUCGGCAUGACUCGCGGCGGCGCCGAGUUCUACCCCUCCUGCUCCCAACUGCGCGUCCACGGUGGCGGCAACGGUCGCCCAGCCGAGCACGAACUCGUUACCUUCCCUGGCGGAUACUCUGACGACCACCCAGGAAUCUUCGUCCCUGGGAUUUUCGAACCUGGAUUCCAAUACAACUUCCCCGGUCCGGAGAUUUCGUCGCUGGCUGGUGGAGGUGGUGCUCCCGCUCCCGCUCCUGCCCCCGUUCCCGCUCCGGUACCCGAAGAGAAGGCACCUGAGGCGCCCCCCUCCGACCCGGUGAACAACGGAUCCAAUAACGCCCCUGCUCCCCCUCCGCCCCAGCAGGAAGCCCCACCCGCGCCUUCGCCCGCUCCUGAGACCUCGCCUGCACCUGUCCCCGCCCCUGCACCCGUCCCGAUCCGCCGAUGCAGGAAGCGACCUACUGCCAAGGAGCGUGCUGCCCGCAAUGCUGCCCGCGACGCUGCUGCUUCGCCUACGCCGAUCGCUAUGGAGGUUGUGGACGUGGAGACCAACCCGCCUUCGCUUGUCAAGGCCAGGAGGCAUCAUAGCAGGGUUAUGAGGAGGUUGGCUUAUUCCCAUUCGCAUUAA